UCGAUUUGCACUCAGUAUACAAACAUCAAAUACAAUUGCUGCCAUCUUUGUUUUCUUCUUUCUUCUCGAAGUUAGAGAUCAAUAGCAUUGUUUAAUAUUUUCACGAUGAACGCAGAUUAAACCAAGAAACCAUGGUCAAGUAGUGUAACCAGAGAACUCCAACUGACAGAACCUAACAGGGAGGAAGAGCAUUGGAAGGAGGAGUGCGUAUUCGAAUUGCCCAUCUUCGUUAAAGAUAGGAAUGUGAAAGCCUAUGAGCCUCAAGCGGUGUCCAUCGGUCCUUACCACUUCUCUAAGCCUCGUUUGAAGCCAAUGGAAGUCCACAAAAGAAAAGCACUUUGUCAUUUUGUAAAAGAGGGGGAGAGCCCGUUCAGUCCUAUAAGCUGGCACUAUUAAAAGAGGAGUCAUAUGCUCGGCAGCUGCAGAAGGAGUGGGUAGAGGAUAAUUGAUUCGCUGAGCUAAUGAUCCAGGACAGACUUCAUUCUUGAAUUUUUGGCUGCUGUGGCAAACUACCAUGAAAUAAAUAGUUAUGCUCUUAAUAACCCCAUGUUUAGCUACCACGGUAAAUCGCGUUUUAUCCUGGAUGAUGUUUGCUCCUAAUGAAGGUCCAGGGCUUCACCUGCUAGACAUGUAUAUGAAAGGACUACUUAGAGGAGGCAAACAAUUUGAGGAGGAGAUGAUCGUAAAACGAUGUGCAUCAGAGCUUUAUCACCAGUCUGCUGUCCAAUUUAAAAAGGCCUGGAGUUACCAGGGCAUCAAAUUCGACAAAAACAUUGCAACUCCGCAAUUUCCCUCCAUAAUCAUCAACGACUACAAUGCGUCUACACUUCUGAAUUUGUUAGCGUAUGAGCUUCGGGUGGGAAUCGGAAGAGAUAUGAACUCGUAUAAUUACCUCAUAGACACUCUUGUAGACUCAGCUGAGGAUGUCAGGUUGCUCCAAUCCCAAGGCAUCACAGUUAGUUCCCUGGGCAGCGACGAGGUUGUGGUAAAGGUGUUGAAGGAGCUUGCCGGGGAAGCUGUUAGUCUUAUGUGGUGGUAGGAGAGUAUGAAAGUCGCACGCACCAGCACUAAACUUCACAUUCAGCAUCUAAAUCUGUCUUUUAAAUUGGAUAUUUCAUGAGAGCAUCUCCAACCGAUGGUGCAACAUCCUACAUGGACCCUUUAUGUAUAGGGUCUGCGCAUACAGCAAAUAUAUAGGAUUUUAAAAGAAUUUCAUAUGUGGAUAUAUUUUAAAAGAAUUUAAAAUCUAAAAAAAAAAAGAAAAAUUAUAAUUAAAAUCUUAAAUAUGAAAGCUAAAAUCAUGGACGUCCGCCAAAAUAAAAUUCCCUGUUAAAA